AUGUCUGAUCUCGCUUCUUCAAUACUGACCAUCCGACCCCGCGUCGCACUUAUCACCGGCGCAGCCCAGGGCAUUGGGCGCGCUAUUGCCCUGCGGCUCGCAGACGACGGACUGGACAUUGCCAUCGCAGACUUAGCAUCACAACGCACGAAGCUCGACGGCGUCGCAGAGGAGGUGAGGUCGAAGGGGAGGCGGUGCAUUGUCUUGGAAUGUGAUGUGUCACAGGAGGAGGAGGUCCAACGCAUGGUGCAGGCUACGGAGAAAGAAUUUGAUGGUUUGGACGUUAUGGUAGCGAACGCUGGACGACUCCUCGUGAAGACUAUGAUUGAUUCUACUCUCACCGAUUUAGACAAUGUAUUCGACACUAAUGUGCGCGGGGUAUUCCUGUGCUUGCGUGCUGCAGCGCAGGUCAUGAUCAAGCGAGGGCGUGGCGGGAAGAUCAUCAGUGCAUCGUCGGUAUCAGGGAAGAAAGGGACGCCAUUAAACGGCAUUUACUGUGCCUCAAAAGCUGCCGUUCGAUCGUUCACACAGGCACUCGCGAGUGAAAUCGGGUCGCACGGCAUCACUGUGAACGCCUACGCGCCUGGACCAAUCGAUACUCCUCUCUGUAUGUUCAUGUCUCCUCCACUACCCUACUGCCUCCCGUCCAUCACACAUUUUCUCUUUCUUUUAUAUAUGUACCCUGAUCCUGACAUGUACACAUACAGUGCAACAGCGAAUUCGGCACUGAAGCAUGUUGGAACGCCGGAAGACGUUGCGAACAUGGUAUCGUUCCUCGCGGGCAACGAAUCUGGCUUCAUCACUGGCCAGACGAUCACAAUUGAUGGGGGAGGCUGGAUGGACUAA